UUGUGCGCCCGACUACUCCAGGUAAUGGCCAGCCAAAUGAACCUCUCCAUUCGUUUGAAGCUGCUGCUGCUGCUGCUGCUGGGUGCCGCUAGCUGCGCCACCGGCCUGCCCCUGGGCGGCGAGGAGGAGGAGUCCCCCCCGGUCAGGCGGGCGCGCGAGCUGGACCCCGGCACGGCGGACUUGGAGGCCGUGCUGCGGCUGGUACGCGGCCUGCUAGACGUGGCCACAGGCAGCGCCGUGGGCUCCGCGACCAGCCUCAGCGAGGUGAAGCUGCUGCCCGACGCGGCCGCCCUCAAGAAGCUGCUGCAGCAGUCGCCGCCGCGGGACCCGGGGCUGCUCGGGGACGACGGCGCCGCCGAGCGCCUGGGCCGCGACGUGCUGCAGGACCUGCUGCCGGAGAUGCUGGAGCGCAGCGAGCAGUCGCUGGACCACCUGCUCCAGGUGUUCAGGGACACGGUGCUGGUGCCGCUCGGCAGCGCGCUCGAGUUCAAGACCCUGCCGCAGGGCAGCGCGUUCGGCGGCAUGGCCGUGGCGCCGCAGCCCAACCUCUACGGCCUCAACGGCAACCCCAACGACCUGCUGGGCAACCUCAUGGGCGGCUUGAAGCUCUUGUCCUCGUUGAAUCAGAUUUUCGAGAAGUUGAGGCUGUUUGUCUGAACAAGUGUUCUAAAGCGGUCGGCAUCACUUCAAGGCUUUAAAGGUACGAUUUACCUGACAAUGUUUAUUUUGAGUUUAAAUAUUAUCAAAACUGCGCCAGAAUGUUAAGCGAAAAGUAAUCUGAACAUGACGAGAUAGGUUAAACUAUAUAUACAGGGUAAUUAUAACGGCCGUGAAACAUUAAAAACAUCGGUACAGUGAAAUGUCUAAGAAUUAUGUAUAAAAUUAUAUACCACGUGAAAGAAAAACCUCUCAUAGUUUUUUUCACUAGUUAUAAAUGUUCUAUGUGUCCACCUUGCGUCACACGACACACAUCUAAUCGAUAGUCCAAUUCUGCCCAUACCCGACCCAGAAUAUCAGAAGUGAUGGUAAGAGCAGCUGCUACGAUGCGGUGUCUCAAUUCGUCAAGGUUCUGUGGUAGAGGUGGAACAUAAACACUAUCCUUGAUGUAUCCCCAAAAGAAAAAAUCGCAAGGUGUCAAGUCCGGUGAUCGUGGUGGCCACGGAAGUAGCACUUGGUCAGCGGCCGCCCCACGGCCCAUCCAGCUAUGUGGCAAUGUCUCGUUUAGAUAAUCUCGUACCACAUUGUGGUAAUGAGGUGGAGCACCAUCUUGUUGGAAGAUGAAGUUCCUGCUAUCAGCUUCAAGUUGUGGCAUAAGCCACAAUUGCAGCAUGUCGAGGUAGGUGAUACCAGUGACAGUUCUCUCUCUUGUUUGACAUGGCACAGAACACGUUAACUUUUGGCGAAUCUUGGACAUGUUCGAGAUUUGCAUGUGGAUUCUCUGUCCCCCAUAUGCGUGUGUUGUGUCGGUGACAUCCUGAGAUAUGAAAAGUGGCUUCGUCACUGAAGAUUAAUUUGCUUGCAAAGUCAUCGUCUUCAAGACGGUUCUGCAUGGCAAUGCAGAACUGCAGUCGGAGCAAUUUGUUAUCGUGGCUGAUGGCUUGCAGAAGCUGCACUUUGUACGGCUUCACUCUUAAUAGCUUAAGAAAAAUUUUCCACACUGUUGGCUGAGAGAUGUUCAAUUCUGCACUAUUCCGAUAAGUAAGAAUUUUAUACACUGUUGGCUGAGGGAUGUUCAAUUCUGCACUAUCCCGAUAAGUUGACUUCUUGGGACUCCGCACCAUCACGUCCCGUACACAAUCCACUGUCUGUUGUGACACGCCUGGCCGACCGGACCGUUUUGCGUCGCACAAACAGCCGUCUUCCUCGAAUUUCUUGUACCACUUUAUUAUGCUAUUGUAAACUGGCGGUGUUUUGUUGAACUUGCCACGGAAAGUUCUUUGGACACUCACUACCGAUUCGCUACGGGCGUAUUCAAGCACACAAAAAGCUUUCUCUGUCUGGUUCGCAGCCAUUUUCAGCAACUACAUGCACUAGCGCCCCUGUCGUUUGUUUUUUAAAAUAGAUUUUUGGCGCUACAUUCAAUAAAAAACUUUGAGAGUUAUUCUUUCACGCGGUAUAUAAUUUGUUACGUUAUUCUUUUCCAGUUCGCUGUACCGAUUUUAUGAAAUGUUUCACGGACUUUAUAAUUACCCUGUAUAUAUAUAUAUAUAUAUAUAAACACAUCUUUCUCUUUGAAAUAUAUUUCAUGUUACCUAGACAUUGUCUGGUUGUAUACAAUAUAUUUUUUUUGUGUUUUCAAACAUUAUGGCAGUGUUCGAUAAUUUUUACUGUGAUAGUAAAUUGAGUUAUAAGUCAUAUUUUAAUUAUGUAAAGAUGCUUCUUGACUCAUGUACAUAAAUUAAUUCCAGAAAUAAAUUAAUUUUUAAUAUAAUUAACUAUGUUAACCUCGCGAAAUAUAAAUUUGAGUUUAUGAAAACAUAGUUGGCUACAGAAUUUUUAAAUCUGUAAAUAGUAUGGUUUUAUGCAUAAAGUAUUUUGUCGAAAAAAAUAGAUUUUUUUUCUGGAAGAAAGAUAUGCGAGAUCGUGCGACACGGUAGAUAAGUAAUGAAUGACCCUAUUAUAAUUCUGCAUUUUACGACUUUUAUUUUUUUGUUGUAAUUUAUACGAAAUCUUAUUCAGGAGAUAAUUUUCAUUCAGGCCUUGUGUUAUCUAGUAGAUAUGUAGUAACAUUAUUUUUUUAAAUUUUGUUAGGUAAUAUUUAUUACGAGACGGUUUUACGUGUGUAUUUGUUACUUUAUUAAUUAAUGCUAUUUUACUGUUAAAAAAUUACAUAAAUAAUUUAACAAUAAUAAAUAAAUUAGGUUUUUUGAAAAUAGAAUAAAUGUUUCAAAUAAAUAAUAACUAUUUAAUAUACUUCGACUGCUUUGAUUAUCACUGAAACAAUGUCUACACCGAACCCACUAUAUUAGCAAAAGUUACAAAUAUCUGUAUGGUUUUAUGGAAAUAUGAAAAUGUGAAUUAGCCAAAUGUGUUUAUGUCGGUUUUAGAGCAGUUUUCACCAUCAGUGAAAAAAAGAGUUUUAAUCUUGCUAAAAUUUUUAAUAAUUUAGAUCAUAUUUCCUACUUUCAAGUAACACUAAAACAACUUAAUUAUAAUAAGUAACAUUUUAAUUUCUCAAGGAAAAGCGGUACCGAGGAGGUUUUAUCGCUCGUCAAAAAUUAUUCUGUUACGUAUGACGAAAUGCCUUCUGGGAUUUUUUUCGAGUCAGCAAAGUCGCAGUGGAACUUGUGCUUUUUCAUCUAAAUAAAAAGCCAAUGAAAAUUGUAUUUUCCACCUGUUAAUUGCAAGUUGAAACGAUGUGAACUUGUAAGCAAUGCCACUACUAGCUUUCACCGGCUCCGGUACAAAGCUAAAACGUUAAAAAUUUACAAAAUAAAAAAGUUAUUUAAACAUCUCAUAGUUUUGUUUCUUUUAAAAAUGCUUCAGUGCUUUGAGUCAACGUCAUCCUUGCUUCUUUCGAUCUAUAUAUAUAUAUAUAUAUAUAUAUAUAUAUAUAUAUAUAAAAUUUUGAUUUUUAUUCUCAUCAUACUAAGACACCUUAGUGUCGAGGGUUCCAGAGAAGUCAAGGGGUAAUGAUGGAAUUUGAUGAGAAAGAAACAAGACAAGCCGGGCUUGCCCACAAUCCAACAAUAUUGUUACGUCAGAGUAGCUAUUAUCCGUGCUGGAAGUAAAGUAAAACUAGUUUCGCACUACUUAGAACGGUCAUUGAUAGAGACCCGCAGAAAUCGAGAAACACUAGUGAUUUGUUCUUGUAGUAGAAAUUAUGUAAUAUUAUUUUUUAAUUGUAAAUUUGUUGUUUUAUUUUUUUAUACCUGUCACUAUUCUAGUAUUUUUAAUUAAAUUACCUUUUUUGUAUUGAUCAAGUAUCGUAUGAAGCACCGUAUGCGAUCGAAUCAAUCAUUUUUUUAACAAGUGAUUUAUUUGAUAAUUCUUGGAAUUUUUUCCCGAACUUAUAUUCUAAUAAUGGUGGCUAAGAUGGCCAAAAAGAUGGUACAUGUAAAGGUAAUAAAUAAUACUGCAUUCUAGCAGGUCAAAAUUAAAUUAACAAGGUGGCAGUACCUUUAUUGGGUGAUGCUAUUAUUCUUACAAAUUAAAAAUAAUUACAAAUCAG